AUGGCGUCUACAUUACUAGCUGCUAACCGCUCCAUUUUGCGAGUUCUAGAGAAGACUAAACAUCAAUAUAAGAUCUGUGCGGGUUUUUCUUCGUUUCGCUUUGCGGACGAAAAGAAGACUGCGGAAGAAUCGGUCUAUUUCAAGAAACAAGAGGAGGCCAUUCUCUCCCGUAUGCUGAAAAGAGACCCUUCACUGGACCCUCGCUAUUCUGCUCCCUCUCACGAAUUGAAUAUAUAUAACGACUUGUCAUUAGCAUUGGCGAAGUUUGGCAUAAAUGAUCCUCCCUUGGCCUUGAUGGAAGAACUCGUGCUGAUUUUCACUAACAACGGAUACAAAAAGUCUGAUUGA